UUGACCCCCAAUCAUCCACGGAGAUGUGAAAUCACCCAACAUACUAAUUGAUGAGGAUUACACCGCAAAAGUUGCCGAUUUUGGAGCUUCGACAUUGGCUCCAACAGAUGAAGCUCAAUUUGUCACAUUUGUCCAAGGGACUUAUGGUUAUCUCGAUCCAGAAUAUAUGCAGACCAGCAAGUUGACGAGCAAGAGUGAUGUAUACAGCUUCGGUGUUGUUCUGCUAGAGCUGCUUACAUCCAGGAAGGCGAUGAACCUUCAGGCACUUGACGAGGAGAAGAACCUCUCAUCACAUUUCCUCCUGGCCGUGAGCGAGAACAGGCUUUGUGAGAUACUGGACGAACAAAUAAAAGGUGAACAGAGUGUCGAGCUGAUCGAGCAGGUGGCGGAGCUGGCCAAGGAGUGCCUGGAGAUGGCUAGCGACAGGAGGCCCUGUAUGCGGGAAGUUGCAGAAGAGCUUGAUAGAGUCAGGAAACUGUUGCAGCAUCCCUGGGGUCAGCAGACUUCUGACGAGGAGAGAAAGGCCUUGCUUGUUGGGUCACCAAUCACGCGCCCUGAAAUAGAACUCAGUAAUGGGUAUGUUAGCCUCACAGAUUCAGCCUACUUGGGAGUUCAAUCCCCACGGUGAAGCCUUUCUUUUUUUUGCCGAGUUAUGUACUUAUGUUUGUGGUAAUACUGAUGGAUUCCGAUAUGUGUGGGUAAGUUCCUAAAUAAUGAGGCAUACGAAUAGAAUAUGGCCCAGUGAUUUUAGUCCA